CUGGGGAAAUAGUGAUUAACUAUAGUUUAUAUGGGGAUUUUGGCUCGAUCACUAAAUUGUUAUUCAUACUCAUCUGACUUCAUUUUCAUAUGCUGAAAAAUGAUACCAGUUCUGAUACUUUUACUUCUUCAAUCAGCCAUGGUUUUUGGGUCGUCUACAUGCAAUAGAUCUUGCGGUGAUGGUUUAAAGCAACUUCCGUUCCCGUUCGGCUUCUCCUCCGGCUGCGAAAUCCUUCUGAAUUGCACCUCCAACGGAACUAUGUCCAUCGGCGAAUUCCCGGUCUACCAGUUAACUCCCGACACUAUAAUGAUCAAUAUUCCGGCGAAAUGCGGUCGCCGGAUUGAAGCCAUGAAACCUCUGUUCGGCAAGAACUUUGCCCCCACGUCCAACAACGGGAUACUUCUGCAGAAUUGUAGCUCGCCGGAGCUGAAGUGUAUGAUCCCUUCAACCAUGAUCCAGACGCAGUUCGAGCUCCAGGAUUGUGGGAAGGACAAUAUCAGCUGUUUCUCGGAGCCACAUAUGACCGGAGGGUUUAUUGGAUAUGAAAAUUUGACGGGAACUGGGUGCAAGUCCCUGUUCUCCGCCAUCUCCUCCCCCGCCGCCGCCGCUAAUACUACGGCGGUUUCUUUAGAUAUCCAGGUGAUUGAGCUGGGGUGGUGGCUUCAAGGGCACUGCCGGUGCUCUAAGAAUGCAGACUGCAACACAAUGAGGACGCCCGGAGACGGAAAACCGGGUUUCCGGUGCCAGUGCUCUGAAGGGUUCACCGGAGAUGGCUAUCAGGGUGGCUCCGGCUGCCGGAGAGAUGACACAAGAUGCAACCCUGCCAAGUACCUGCUAGGCGAAUGUGGAGGAAAGACAAGAAUUGGUGUUUUAAUUGGAGGUGUGAUUGCAGGAGCUGCAUUAAUGGUUAGUGUAGGGCUAAUAUGCUGCAUAAUUCGCAGAAGGUUAGCUAUGAAGAACUGGAACAGAAGAAGGCGUGAACUGCGCGAAACUACUGGGAUCACCAUUCCAGUUUAUUCAUACAAAGAUAUCGAGAAAGCCACAAACAAUUUCUCAGAUAAAAGAAGACUGGGAGAUGGAGCUUAUGGAACAGUCUAUUCUGGGAAGCUACAUGAUAAUGAUGAAUGGGUAGCAAUCAAAAGGAUCAGGCACAGAGACACAGACAGCAUUGAGCAAGUCACCAAUGAAAUCAAGCUUCUUUCAUCUGUAAACCACCCGAAUCUCGUUCGCCUCCUAGGAUGUUCCAUAGAGAAAGGGGAACAGAUUCUCGUCUAUGAAUUCAUGCCUAAUGGAACCCUGUCCCAGCAUCUGCAACGAGAGAAAGGGAGUGGGCUUCCCUGGCCCGUUCGCCUCGGGAUUGUUUCAGAAACAUCCCAAGCCAUUGCCUAUCUCCACAACGCCAUGCAUCCUCCCAUAUACCACAGAGACGUUAAGUCCAGUAACAUACUUCUCGACUACAACUACAAGUCGAAAGUUGCAGAUUUCGGGCUAUCAAGAUUCGGGUUGAUCGAAUCAUCCCACAUCUCAACGGCCCCACAAGGGACCCCGGGCUACCUCGAUCCUCAAUAUCACCAGGACUUUCAUCUGUCAGAUAAGAGCGAUGUGUACAGCUUCGGGGUAGUUCUGGUCGAGAUCAUAACCGGAUUGAAGGCGGUGGACUUCACUAGACCCCAGAAUGAAGUCAAUCUGGCAGCUCUGGCAGUUGAUAAAAUAGGAAAGGGGGGUUUACUCGAGAUCAUCGAUCCAUUAAUCGAGGCAGAGAAAGAUGUAUGGACACUUUCAUCAGUGAACAAAGUUGCAGAAAUAGCUUUCAGAUGUCUGGCAUUUCACAGAGACAUGAGGCCUUCAAUGAUGGAAGUGGCCAUAGAACUGGAACAGAUGAGGCUGAGUAAAUGGGGGAUUUCAGAAGAUAGCAUCAUCACAGCAUCUUCAUCAUCAUCCUCUCGUUCAUCUUCAGAUGCCAGUGAGAAGCCUCUGAGCUUUUCAACCAUGAAGCCAUCUGAGAAAGUGACAGAAUCUUCUCCAGUUUCUGUGCAGGAUCCAUGGCUGAGUGAACAGAGCUCUCCCUCCUCAAAUAGCUUCAUCAAUCAGGCAAUGCAGCGAUUCAAACGAUCGAUUUCAUUGCCUGUUUAAAGCUGUGAAGAAGAUGAGCUUGUGCAUGCCAAAUUACUUAGCACCAUUGUAGUAUAUAUGUUAUUAAUAGCAUAAGAACUGACUCCAAUUUUCUCUGUAAUUUGAAGGCUUAGCUUCCUGUAUGUAUAUGAUUCUUUUCUCCAUACAAUACAUCCUAAAGAUUAUAGCUUUGCUAGUUUUAUGCA